UCGAUUCACGAAAAAACACUCCUGAAUGGAUGGUGAUUCGUGCGUUGUGUUGUGUUUCGUGUGAAUAAAAAUUGUGGAAUUCGAUGGCUAAUUUCGUGCAAAAUACCGGAAAAUAUAUCGCGGAGAAAGCGGAAGGGGAUGAUACCAACGAGAUCGGCUAUCGGCAGUCCAAGGAGAAUGACAAGAUCGAUCUCAAGUAUGGGUACGAGCGGGUCAAGGACACCCAGGAGCGGACCGGGUACCUGGUCAAUAUGCACUCGACGGAGAUUCUGAACCAAGAUCGGCGGCUGGUGGCCGCUCUGGAUCUGUACUUCCUCCAGAUGGACGGCACCCGGUAUAAGAUGUCCGUGAUCUACGCGCCGUAUUUGCUCCUCAUCACCAAGGAGGGUCACGCGCUGGAAGUGGCGAAGUUUCUCUCGCGUAAGUACGAAGGCCAACUGCAGAAGGUCGAGCACAUCCAGAAGGAGGAUCUGGAUCUGCCGAACCAUCUGAGUGGCCUGAAGCAGAACCUGCUGAAGCUGACCUUUGCCAACACCAGUCACAUGAGCAAGGUCAAGAAGGAUCUGUCGGCGGCGGUGCGGAAGAACAAGGAACGCGACAAGUCCAACACGAUCUACAUGCAGAUGUUGAGCAGCGCGUUGGCCGUUUCGUCGGAAGCCGAGGGGAAGUCGUCCGCCGUUGUUCAAAGCUCGGAUUUUUACGAGAGCAUCAUGGACAUGCGGGAGCAUGACGUCCCCUAUCACGUUCGGGUGUCGAUCGAUCUGAACAUAUUCUGCGGGUUGUGGUAUACGAUGCGGGGUCGGGGAGAGGACGAACCGCCGAUCAUCACUCCGCGGCCGGACAUUCUGGAUCGACCGGAACCGGUGGUGUUGGCGUUUGAUAUCGAAACGACCAAGCUGCCGUUGAAGUUCCCGGACGCCCAGACGGAUCAGAUCAUGAUGAUCUCGUACAUGAUCGACGGGCAGGGCUAUUUGAUCACGAACCGGGAGAUCAUCAGUGCCGAAGUGGAGGACUUCGAGUACACGCCGAAGCCGGAGUUCGAAGGGCAGUUCAUCGUGUUCAACGAGCCGAGCGAGAUGGCAGUCCUGCAGAAGUUCUUCGAUCACAUUCUGGACGUGAAGCCGCACAUUUUUGUGACGUACAACGGAGAUUUCUUCGAUUGGCCGUUCGUGGAAGCCCGGGCGGCUGUCUACGAUCUGGACAUGAAGCGGGAGAUCGGGUUUUCCAAGGUCAACCAGAGGGAUGGGAAUUAUCUGUGUCGUCCGGCCAUGCACAUGGAUUGUCUGUGCUGGGUCAAACGAGAUUCUUAUCUUCCGGUAGGAUCACAGGGUUUGAAGGCCGUUGCGAAGAGUAAGCUGCGGUACGAUCCCGUUGAACUGGAUCCGGAGGAGAUGUGCAAGAUGGCGGUUGAACAGCCGCAAGUCCUGUCCAACUACUCAGUGUCUGACGCCGUGGCCACAUACUAUCUCUACAUGAAGUACGUGCAUCCGUUCAUUUUCGCCUUGGCCACGAUCAUUCCCAUGGAACCGGACGAGAUCCUGCGCAAAGGUUCCGGAACGCUCUGCGAAUCGCUCCUGAUGAAGGAGGCAUUCCACGCGCGGAUCGUGUAUCCCAACAAGCAAGUCUCGGAGCUGAACAAACUGACCCCGGAUGGACACGUUCUGGACAUGGAAACUUACGUCGGAGGUCACGUGGAAGCCCUGGAGUCCGGUGUCUUCCGAGCGGACAUUUCCACUCGCUUCCGUCUGGAUCAGGACAUGCUGAUGCAGCUGCACGACAACGUGGACAAGGUUCUGGAGCACGCGAUCGUCACCGAGGAAGGCGUCCCGCUCGAUCAGGUCACCAACCUGGAAGAUGUGGCCGAGCAAAUCCGAGCCGCGCUCCAACAACUGCACGACGCCCCGACCCGUAUCGAGCAGCCUGUGAUCUACCAUCUGGACGUCGGCGCCAUGUACCCGAACAUCAUUCUGACCAACCGGUUGCAGCCGUCGUCCAUGAUCUCCGAAACGGACUGCGCCGCGUGCGACUUCAACAAACCGGAUGCCCGCUGCAAACGCAACAUGGAGUGGAUGUGGCGAGGCGAGAUGCUUCCGGCAAGCCGGAACGAGUUCCAACGGAUCCAACAGCAGCUGGAAACCGAGAAAUUCCCACCCCUCUUCCCCGGAGGUCCCAUGCGAGCCUUCCACGAACUCUCCAAGGAAGAUCAAGCCAACUACGAGAAGAAACGGCUGGCCGACUACUGCCGGAAGGCGUACAAGAAGACCAAGAUCACCAAGCUGGAAACCCGAACUUCCACGAUCUGCCAGAAGGAGAACAGUUUCUACGUGGACACGGUCCGGGCGUUCCGCGAUCGCCGCUACGAGUACAAAGCCCUCACCAAAGUGGCCAAGGCCGCCGUAGCCUCCGCCCUGAAAAGCGGCGACGCAGGCGAGAUCAAGGCGGCCAAGGGCCGAGAAGUCCUCUACGACUCGCUCCAGCUGGCCCACAAGUGUAUCCUGAACUCCUUCUACGGGUACGUAAUGCGGAAGGGCGCCCGCUGGCACAGCAUGUCCAUGGCGGGAAUCGUGUGCCUCACCGGAGCGAACAUCAUCACCAAGGCUCGGGAGAUCAUCGAACGAGUCGGACGGCCUCUGGAACUGGACACUGACGGUAUUUGGUGUAUCCUACCAGCGUCUUUCCCUCAGGAGUUCACCGUCCUGACCAACCACGCCAAAAAGAAAAAGAUCAACGUGUCCUACCCGAACGCCGUCCUGAACACCAUGGUGAAAGAUCACUUCACAAACGAUCAGUACCACGUGCUGGAGAAGCCCCACGAGCCUGGAAGCCCUGCCGUCUACUCGAUCAAGCCGGAGAACUCGAUCUUCUUCGAGGUGGACGGCCCGUACCUAGCCAUGGUCCUCCCAGCAGCCAAGGAAGAAGGCAAGAAGCUGAAAAAGCGUUACGCCGUGUUCAACUUUGACGGAUCGCUUGCCGAGUUGAAGGGCUUCGAGGUGAAACGGCGAGGCGAGCUGCAGCUGAUCAAGAUCUUCCAGAGUUCGGUGUUUGAAGCGUUCCUGCAGGGAUCAACGCUGGAGCAGUGCUACGCCUCGGUGGCCAAGAUCGCCGACUACUGGCUGGACGUGCUGUACAGCAAGGGCCACAACAUGCCGGACAGCGAACUGUUCGAGUUGAUCUCGGAGAACCGAUCGAUGUCCAGGAAGCUGGAGGACUACGGCGAGCAGAAGUCUACGUCGAUCUCGACGGCGAAGCGCUUGGCGGAGUUCCUGGGCGAUCAGAUGGUGAAGGACGCCGGGUUGGCGUGCAAGUUUGUCAUCUCGAAGAAACCCGAUGGAGCGCCGGUUACGGAGCGCGCGAUCCCGUUGGCGAUCUUCCAAUCGGAGCCGAGCAUUCGACGGCACUAUCUGCGCAAGUGGCUGAAGGACAGUACCAUGGGAGAUGCGGACAUCCGCGACGUGUUGGAUUGGCAGUACUACAUCGAGCGAUUGGGAGGAACCAUCCAGAAGAUCAUCACGAUCCCCGCGGCGUUGCAAGGACUGAACAAUCCCGUGCCGCGGGUGCAACAUCCGGAGUGGCUGCAUAAGAAGAUGCUGGAGAAGAACGAUACGCUGAAGCAGAGGAGGAUCAGCGAGAUGUUCACGGUGAAGGAGAAACCGGCGAUCAAGGACAUUGAAGACCUGGACAGGGCGCGAUCACCCAGCGUGGGUCCUAAUGUUCCGAUCGCGAACUCCAAGCGUAGGAGGACGCCAUCCGUGGAAGAGCCGGCAGCUACACCGGAAGCGAAGACCUGGCGGGAAGCUUUGGGACCACCACCGCCGCUAGGGGACACCAAACAGCAACUGCAGGCUUGGCUUGCGUUUCACAAGAAGAAAUGGAAGUGGCAACUGGCGCAAAGGGCCAAGUAUCGCAACAUCGGGAACAAACGGGCGCGAGUAGAUGAUCGCGAGGCACCUGCGAGUUCGAUCGUACCCAAUCGUCCGGCGGCCACCAUUGGUGGCUUCCUUCGCAAGACGCAGCGAUCGCUGAUCGAGCAAACCUGGCACGUACUGCAGGUCGCCGCAUCGGAUGAAAUGGGUAACUUCGUCGUGUGGGCCAUGGUCGGUGAGGAACUGCACAAGAUCAAGCUGGUCAUUCCGCGGAUCUUCUACGUCAAUCAACGGAUGCCGGCGCCCCCGGAGGAAGGAGCCCUAUGGAAGAAGGUACACCGUGUUCUGCCGCGAGCGCGUCCCGCGUAUCAACUGUAUCAGUACGUGGUUCCGGAGCAGAUCUUCCGGGACAACAGCCUGGGACUGCUGGCAGAUUUGGCCACUCCGGAUAUUGAAGGGAUCUACGAGACUCAGGUAUCUCUGGAGUUCCGCGCGAUCAUGGAAAUGGGCUGCAUGUGCGCGGUUCAGCGAUCGGAGGCCAGAAUUUUGGCCAACCUGUCCAUCAAAGAGAUGGAUACGUUCAAUAUCCAGCAGUUGGAGAUGAGAAGCAGCGAUCCGACAUCCUAUUUGAUAAAGAACGAGGCUAGCCUCAAGAAGAUCUUCCUCUAUCAGCACAGCAUCCUUUCCGGGAAGCGAGAGAUCUGGGGCCUCUUCAUGGGUCCCAGCAAGAAGGCCGUCAUCAUCAUCUUCGACAGCGUCCGGUCCAAUCAACUUCCGACGCUGGCAAGUCUCUACUCAUCGGAACGAUCGGCCCGGCUGUCCGAAGGAUUAGUCACAGAGGAGAACCUCCCACCGGAGGACAUGAACUUCGAAAGUUGCAGCGAAGUCGACAUCAAACAGGUGUACAAACGACUCGCAUCGUGUCUGGCCAGCUACAAGCAGGAGAAACGCGGUCCAACGAUCCUGUGUGCCCAAACCGCGUUCAGCCUCCAGAAGCUCAACCAGCUGAUCCCGGCCUGCUCUGACUUCCCGGAGGCCCAGAUCCACAUCGCGGAUGAUGCCGCGCUGCUGUUCGGCUUGGACUGGCAGCGAAACGGAGCUAAAAUCAUGAUCCGGCACUACAUGAACCUGAAUCCGGUGGUCAGCAUGAUGCUGGAACAGUGUCGGUACUUCCAGAUCCCGCUGGGAAACAUGCCCUACGAUACGGUCCUGUUCGGGUCGGAUCUUUUCUUCGCGCGACACCUGCAGAAGCACAACUUUGUCCUCUGGUGUUCGCCGAGCUCGCGGCCGGAUUUGGGCGGUCGCGAAGCCGAUGACAGUCGGCUGCUGGCGGAGUUCGAGGACAACAUCUCCGUAGUCCAGAACCGGCAGGGUUUCUACGGGAGCGUCUGCGUGGAGUUGAACAUCGAUAGCUUGGCCGUGUCGGCGCUUCUGCAGGCUAGCCGAAUUCAGGAGAUGGAAGGCGCCGCCUCGGCGAUCACGUUUGACGUAGUUCCGCAGGCUUCGCUGGACGACAUGAUCGCCAAUCAGGGCCAGACGCUUCCGAGCUAUGACGAGACGGCGUUGUGCUCGCAGGCCUUCCGAGUGAUGCGAUCGAUGGUGAACCUAUGGUUAAGGGACGUUUCUCUCCACAAAAGUGCCUUCGCGGACUUCCAGAUCAUCCACUUCUACCGGUGGGUGCGAUCGUCUCGGGCUCUUCUGUACGAUCCUGCCAUCCGGCGUGCGCUGAACACCCUGAUGCGCAAGUUGUUCCUCCAGAUGAUCUCCGAGUUCCAGCGGAUGAAGGCCGAGAUCAUCUACGCCGACUUCAAUCGAAUCGUGAUCAACACCGGCAAGAAGACGAUAUCGGACGCGAUCGGGUACACCGACUACGUGGUCCAAAGCAUCCGCAAUAAGGAACUGUUCCACAGCAUUUCGAUCUCGUACAAACAUGCGUGGGAGUUCCUGCUGUGGAUCGACGCUGCCAAUCACAGUGGCAUCAGCGUUUCCAGGCGGUUGAAUGCGGACGGCACCCAGAGUACGGCAGCAACGUCGUCGGCGGAACAGGAAACCCAGAUGUUGGUGAGCUGGAACAUUGCGGAACAUCUACCGGACGAGGAGAACUGCAAGGAUCGUUUCGAGAGCUUCAUGAUCGCGUUCAUGGAGAAAUUGGUGCGUGGCGUAGCGCCGGCCAAGGCCAUCAAGGCACUGUCGCACAUGGCCUUCUCGAUGGUACAGAAGAUGCACAAGAACUACGGACGGGGCAUGGAAGGACCGGCGCUGGAGUUCAUCAAGGCCGUUUGCAAGGUGCUGGCUGUUAACAAGGAUAUCGAUGAGGAGCUGACGAGUCUUCGUCGGAACAUGCUCCACCUGGUGGGAAUCGGCGACUUCAGUGACAAAGCCGUCUGGAAGGAACCGCAAAAGUCCUACGUGCUGAGCGAAGUGAUCUGUACGUCCUGUAACCAGUGUCGGGAUCUGGAUCUCCGCAAGGAUUCCCACCGAGCCAUUAGAGAUGGCGCGAUGAUCUGGACCUGUGCCCAGUGUAACCAAGCGUACAACACGGUCGACAUCGAGAUGCGUCUGCUGGAGGUGGUCGAGCGCAAGAUGAUGUCCUACACGUUGCAGGAUUUGCGCUGCGGCCGCUGUAAGCAGAUCAAGCGGGAGAAUCUGGCGGAGUUUUGCCAGUGCGCGGGGAACUUUGAGAAUUUGAUUUCCGCCGGGGAGUUAAGGCGACUGCUGGCGGGCUUCCAGACCGUGGCCGAAGACUGCCGGAUGCCACUGCUGAAGGAGACGGUCGAGCACCUGUUGAACACCCAUUAGCGCGACGGUCAACGCCGGAAUAAGGUAAUUUUUAGAUACAUAUUUGUCUUUGGUAAUACAAAAAAGUUCUGUAAAAUUGUA